UUCCUCUUCUUACAUUUCUCUACCCCCUUUUUUUAAUGGCAUCUAGAAUCCUUGCUCGACAAAACCUUCUUGCUGUCUCUGCCCUUCCUCGCGUUGGAGCAGCUUCCCUCGGAGUCAGACAUUAUUCAGAGCAGCGCAAGCUUAACAAAUAUAGUGCAACCAUCACACAGCCAAAGAGUCAGGGCGCGUCCCAGGCAAUGCUGUAUGCCACUGGCUUGACAGACGAGGAUAUGAACAAGGCUCAAGUCGGUAUUUCUAGCAUCUGGUAUGAAGGCAACCCAUGUAACAUGCAUCUGAUGGACUUGGCUGGACACGUAAAGAAGGGUGUUCAGGACGCAGGAUUGAUUGGAUACCGUUUCAAUACCAUUGGUGUCAGUGAUGGUAUUUCGAUGGGCACUCGUGGUAUGAGCUACUCUCUCCAGUCCCGCGAUCUCAUUGCCGACAGUAUCGAGACAGUUAUGGGUGGUCAGUGGUACGAUGCCAAUAUCUCCAUUCCCGGUUGCGAUAAAAACAUGCCUGGCUGUCUUAUGGCCAUGGGUCGCUUCAACCGUCCUUCUUUGAUGGUGUACGGUGGAACCAUCAAACCCGGAAAGAGCUGUGGUGGAGAUAAGCUCGAUAUUGUGUCAGCUUUCCAAGCCUACGGUGAGUAUGUCGCUGGCUCGAUUGACGAAGAGAAACGCUAUGAUAUUAUUCGCCAUGCGUGCCCCGGUCCUGGUGCUUGCGGUGGAAUGUACACUGCAAACACAAUGGCCUCUGCCGCAGAAGCCAUGGGUAUGACUCUUCCUUACAGUUCAUCCAUUCCCGCCAGUUAUCCUGGUAAGAUCAAGGAGUGCCACGAUGCUGGUGUGGCUAUCCGUACCUUGUUGGAGAAAGACAUCAAGCCCAGAGACAUCAUGACUCGCGCUGCUAUUGAGAACGCCAUGGUACUUACCAUGGUCCUUGGUGGCUCCACAAACGUUGUUCUCCAUCUCAUGGCCAUUGCUCGCAGUGUUGGUGUUGAAUUGUGCCUUGACGACUUCCAGUCUGCCAGUGACCGUUCUCCCUUCUUGGCUGAUUUGAAGCCCAGUGGAAAGUAUGUGAUGGAAGACUUGCACGGUAUUGGUGGCAUCCCUGCUAUUCUCAAGUACCUCAUGGAAAACAAGAUGAUCGACGGAAAUGUUAUGACAGUUACCGGAAAGUCUCUUGAGGAGAACCUCCACUCCCUUCCCGGUCUUCCCCAGGGCCAGGACAUCAUCCGUCCCCUCUCAAACCCCAUCAAGUCCAGCGGUCAUCUUCAGAUCCUACGCGGUAACCUCGCCCCUGAAGGCUCCGUUGCCAAGAUUACUGGCAAAGAAGGUCUCUUUUUCGAAGGAAAGGCCAAGGUUUACGAUGGCGAAGAAGGCUUUAUUAAAUCUCUUGAGCACAACGAGCUUAAGAAGGGAGAGAAGACUGUAGUUGUCAUUAAGAACGAAGGUCCCAAGGGCGGCCCUGGCAUGAGAGAGAUGCUCAAGCCCUCAUCUGCCAUUAUGGGUGCUGGUCUUGGUAAAGAUGUUGCCCUUAUCACAGAUGGCCGUUUCUCUGGUGGAUCUCACGGAUUCAUCAUUGGCCAUGUAUGCCCUGAGGCACAGGUGGGUGGACCUAUUGGCUUGGUCCAGGACGGUGAUAUUAUUUCCAUCAACGCAGAGACUCGUGAGAUGAACCUUAAGGUCUCUGACGAAGAACUUUCCAAGCGUCGCGCUGAGUUCAAGCCUGCUCCUCCAAAGUAUACCAGAGGUGUUCUCGCAAGAUACGUCAUGACUGUCAAGAGCGCUAGCGAGGGUGCUGUUACCGAUGAAUUGUAAAAAUAAAGAAAAAAGCUCACGUGCAUACAAGCAACUCAUUUAUUGAAGAUACCUGGGAACUUCAAUACUGUUAAUAGAUAGAAGAGAAAUUACAUAAUAAAACAAAAGCAUACUUCAUCCCUUGUUA